AUGGAUGACGAAGACGCAGCGAAGCGUGUGCGUGGCAAUGUAGAUAGGCUGAGCGAAUUGCCAGAUAACUUGCUGUGCCAGAUUCUCUUGAACAAUCCCACAAAAGAUGUGGUUAAGAGCAGCGUCUUAUCGCAAAGAUGGAGAAAUCUCUGGAGACAUGUACCUGGAUUGAGCUUGGAGCCUGGCGAUUUCCCAGAGUACGAAGCUUAUGUGAGUUUCGUCGAUAGCUUUCUCGGUUACAACAACAGCGAAUCACGCCUGCAAAAAUUCAAGAUAAAAGACAAAUCAUUAGAUAGAAAGCACGACUGGGAUUGGGAUUACUCUCACGGAGAUGAUGUCGCUCGGUGGAUCGACGCCAUAGUUAAGCGGAGAGUUCAGCAUCUGCAUGUUGGAGACAGCACAGGGGAGGUCGAUAAGCAAGCAGAGAUACCUUCAACGGUUUACAACUGCGAGAGCUUAGUAUCUUUAAAGCUCUUUAGCGUAAGCUUGGCGAAUCCAAAGUCUGUUUCUUUUUCUUGUGUUAAGGUCAUGAAUCUUGGUAAUGUUAGGUUUGUUAGCGAUUGUGCUUUUGAGAUGCUCAUCUUAGGCUCUCCGGUUCUGGAGAGGUUGAUUGUGAGUAGGAGUCCUCAUGACAAUGUGAAAGUCUUGCGUGUGUGCUCUCAGUCUCUGUUGAGCUUCACUCAUAUGGGUCAUGAUGUGGAUUUUGUUGAGGAAGAGCUUGUGGUUGUGGUUGAUGCUCCAAGGCUUGAGAAGCUUCAGCUUUAUGAUCAGGGCACUGAUAGCUUCGUUGUGAAGAAUCUUGGUUCACUUGUUAAGGUGGGAUUGUGUGUUGUGUUUAACUUGUCCUCUGAGAAGAGGUUUGAUCCGGAUGAUGUACCAAAGAGAAGCAUGAUUCGGAGUUUUCUUGUGGGGAUCUCUAGUGUCAGAGACAUGUCCAUCAGUUCGGAUACUCUUGAGAUGAUCUAUAAUUACUCGAGAUGCGAACGAGUACCCUUGUUACGUAACAUCACUACCUUGAGUGCUAGAUUCACUGACUACAGGUGGGAAAUGUUGCCAGUGUUUCUUGAGAGCUGCCCGAAUCUGAAAUCUCUCUCCUUGAGGUUUAGUAAAUCUCCAUGGGAGCAGCCAGAUAGUAUUGAACCUGUAGCAAGACCUCAUGGCUUCCUGCCAAGUCUCGAGUAUGUUGAGAUAGAACAGCCCAUGGUAGAUGAAGUGGCGGAGGUGGAGCUACUGAGUUACUUUCUUGAGAAGUCGAGAAUCCUCAAGAAACUAACUCUCUUCGUAUUUAGUUCCAGAGAGAAUGAGUCAUCUCUCGUCUUCCUCAAGAAACUCCUUGCAAUCCCAAGACUCUCUACCUCAUGCCAAGUUGUCUUUUCGGAUCCCCCUAGUUUUUGGUGA